AUGUUUUCAGAGAUCGCCGUUGCCUCCGGACUAGCCGUCCUCUAUCUCUACCACGUUAAUCGUGGUAUGACUGGCACUCCGGAGGAAGUAAGCCGGCUGUCUCCUCAUCGUUGGACUGUUGAUGAAAUCAAAGCAGCAUACGAGGAUGCCAUUCAAAACCCAGUCGACGUGCAGAAGAGUCUUCCACCAAAGCAAAACCGGCGUUAUAUCGUGGUCGGCGGGUCAGGAUUCGUGGGAAGUUGGAUGGUAAACCAUCUGCUCGCUCGCGGGGAAGACCCGUCGGCUAUCCGCAUUUUGGACCUUGCAGCGCCUCGUCGCGAGAUCCUCGACCAGGGUGUCGGAUUCUUCAAGACGAAUAUUGCCGACGAGAAAGCUGUGGCCACUGCCUUUGCCCAACGUUGGCCUGAAGCUGUCGCUGACCAGCCCCUGACCGUCUUCCAUAAUGCCGCCGUGAUCAGGCCCGGAGAGCGCCUCAAGACUUUCCUUCCCCGUUGCACCAACGUCAACUUGGGCGGCACAGUGAACGUGCUGACUGCCGCAAAGAAAGCCGGCGCAAGCUGCUUUAUCUCGACAUCCUCAGGAUCGGUCAGUCUCCGCAGUCAAUCCUUCUGGAUCGCACCCUGGAACAAGGCCCCCAAAGGUCAUUUUCAGGUAGUCGAUGACUCGACCCCAGUCCCUGAAGAACACUACGACUUCUUCAGCAACUAUGCUGCCUCCAAAUCCAAGGCCGAGAAGAUCGUCCGCGCCGCCGACGAUCUUGAAGGAAACUUCCGCACAGGCUGCAUCCGGCCAGCGAAUGGUAUCUACGGGAUCGGCGACACGGAAGGUUCUCUCACCACUUCAUAUCUAAGAACCGGCGGUUCCCCUUCCUGGCUCUCCGACACCAUGCAGAACUUCGUCAACGCCGAGAACGUCUCCAUCGCCCACCUUCUGUAUGAACAACGCCUCAUCGAGCACACUAACAGCCCAUCCACACUUCCCAAUAUUGGUGGCCAAUCCUUCCUAGUCACAGAUCCCAACCCUGCCCCGACCUACGGCGACGUCUAUCUUCUCCUUCACACCCUCUCCAAAACUCCCGCCAACUUCCCUCGCGUACCACCGGUUCCUUUCCUCAUCCUGUCCUACCUCCUCGAGUGGUACUCCUUCCUGCAGUUCAUUUACUUCCCCUGGCUCCCUAGGAUCACCGGAGAAAUCUCCAAGAUGCAGCCUGCCCUCUUCUGCAUCACCAAUGUGCAUUACAUCGCGGAUGAUUCGCGCGCGCGCAAGUCGCCGGAACAGGGCGGCCUGGGAUACGCUCCUCCGAUCACGACGAUGUAUGGCAUGUGCAAGCACCUUCAAGUUUGGAAUCGCGAGGCGGACCAGAAGAAGAUUGCGGAGGUCGCAGCCAAGGGCGUUGUUAAUGUGAAUGAGGAUGGUGUGGAUGUGAAUUUGGUGGUUCCUCCUAAGAAGUUGUAG